CAGAAGAGGGGGAAAUUUUGGGAGAGGUUGCAAGCAAUCAGAGAAGCAAAUAGAGAGCUGGAGUUAGGAAGCAGUAGGCAGUUCUCACUAGAGAAUCUUAGAGAGCAAUGCUCAGUCCACUGACAAUUCCACACCCAAACCACCAGGAAGAGGAAGGAUUGUUGUACAGUUGCCUGCUCUGGGAUGUUAGAAGCGCCCUCUCCUCCUCACAGGUAUGUCUGUGCCAAGGACAAUUCAAAGGACUAAAUUUUAGCACUGAUUUUUAACUGUAAGGGCUAUAUAUGGACAUUGCAAUCUCCAUCUCUUUGGUUGUGUUGUGCACUUUGGAUCAAGGGUCAAGGAUUAUUUUUCAGUGAUCUGGACUUACGGAAAUUCAUUUUGGCUGUAAUGAUUGUUGAUUUCCAUGUAAAUCUUAUGAAGAUGCAGCCUGUUCUUAUAUCUUGGUGGGUGUGGAUGUUGCUGGGCAUUGUUGGGGUACAGUCGCAAGCUCAAUCACAGGCUCAAUCUCCUAGUCAGGAGCAAGAGUCCCCUUCAAAUCCCUGGAGGCAAGUGAUCCAAUGGGAGAACAAUGGACGGUUGUUUAGCCUGCUCAACAGUGGAGCUGAGUACAUCCCUGCUCGGGGACAGGAACGGGACAGAAGUCACAGAGUAGUUUUAGCUGACAGCGUUAACAGAAGGUCCCGACCAAAUGGAGGAAAUGUGCGCAGACAGGCACCUUCCAGAGGUAACUCAGAAACCAUCAGGGGCCAGGCCAGACACCCCUUUGGAUUUGGGCAAGUUCCAGAAAAUUGGCGUCAAGGUACUGCUGGUACUGGUACAGGUGAAUCAAGUCGGUAUCAGUCAAUCCCAAGCACACGUUACAGAACAUCCUCUGGUUCUUCUUCCUCAUCAUCAUCAUCAUCUUCUUCUUCUUCCUUCAGUGUGCCAUCUUACCCACAGUACCCUUUCCAACAGCAGCCUCCUUAUUAUGCCCCAUAUGAACCGUUUGAACCACCAUUCCAAGGAACAGGGUAUUCAGCAGACCCUAGUGGAAGUUUCACAGGAGUAAGGUAUGGUGCUGGUGGUGGUGGUGGUGGUGGUGGAGGUGGUGGUUAUUCUGCUGGAAGUUAUGGUGGCGGUGGUGUAUUUACCGGAGGAGGAGUGGCUCCUGUGGCUCCUAGGUCAGAAAUUAGGGAUGACAGUUACCGCUACUAUCCACCAUAUGCUCCAUCAUUUCCUGCUGCUCCUGCCCAAAAUGCACAACCUCCGUUCUCAGAUGGUUUGGACCGCCGGUACACACACAGCUUAUACAAUGAGGAAACAGCAGGGCUUCCUGAUACAAGUAAUGCUGCAGAAUCAGUUUCAACUGGUGUAGGCCAACCUGCCCUGCAAAGCCCCCAGUAUGAGCAGUUUCCACCAUUUGGAAGGCCACAACCUCUGCCUCCAUUCAUUCAGCAACCUGCACGUAACCCUCUCAACUCCAACUUUGCAGAGAACCCCGCCACCAAUGUAGGAAGUGUCUACCGACCUCAGCAAAGAGGAUUGCCUGACCUGGUGCCGGACCCUAACUACAUCCAGGCCUCCACGUACAUCCAACGAUCCCACAUGUACUCCCUUCGCUGCGCCUCUGAAGAAAAGUGCCUGUCUAGUACAGCCUACAGCUCUGAGAUCACAGACUAUGAUGUCAGGGUCCUGCUACGCUUCCCUCAGAGGGUUAAGAACCAGGGAACGGCUGAUUUCAUGCCCAACCGACCGCGGCAUACCUGGGAGUGGCACAGCUGUCACCAACAUUACCACAGCAUGGACGAAUUCAGUCACUAUGACCUACUGGAGGUGAGCACAGGAAGGAAAGUAGCAGAAGGACACAAGGCCAGUUUCUGUCUGGAGGACACCACAUGUGACUUCGGCCAUCUUAAACGCUACGCUUGCACUUCCCAUACACAGGGUCUCAGUCCAGGUUGCUAUGACAUGUACAAUGCAGAUAUUGACUGCCAGUGGAUUGAUAUCACAGAUAUCAAGCCAGGAAACUACAUACUGAAGGUUCAGGUUAACCCCAAAUACUUUGUGCUUGAGUCGGACUUCACCAACAACAUUGUCAGGUGUAACAUUCACUACACAGGGCGCCUUGUCCGAACAACGAACUGCAAGAUCUCCCAGUCUUGAUUGCCAGACUUGUUGAAGCAGUCGAUCAUAUCCUGGGAUUGAAGCUGUUCCAUUGAAAUGUGAAUGGAAUACUAGUUGUUGUUUUUGCCCAUGUUGUUGUUUAUGUGUUGUUCUGGUCCCAUAAGUUGAUUGGAAGCUGGGAGUCAGUGUGUACUACAUAUAUACUCAAGAUAUGUACUGACACCCCAAUUACCCCACGCAGUGGGGUACCAAACUGGAGUUAUUUUACUUUCACCAUAUUUCCAACAUGUCCUUUUCAACAUAGUAAACUCACACCAGAACACACUUUAAGUCAUCCUUAAAGCCAGAUUGACACUGUAUGAUUUGAGUUAUUCCAGCCAUAUUAGAGUCAAAAUCUCUGCAAAACAGACAAACCAUAGGAUGCACAUACAUUCCUAGCUCACAAACUCAUAAUAAAUCAUAAGACUUAAUACACAAUGUGGUAUCAAAGAACAUAUAAACUCGUAAUGCCUGGCUUUAGAUGUAAGAAUAGCUUUUAGUCCAUUAGAAACACUGGCUUAUUCGCACCAUUCUUUUCUUGGGAUGGUUAUGUUUAGCAAAAGCAUUAGAUUAGAUUAGAUUAAAAACAUUAGCUCAAAUAGAGACAGGUGCUGAAAUGCAAACAACUGAGCCCCAAAAGGGUGCUAGUAAACUGUAAAUCACCACUUCAGAUCAGGAAAGGUCCCUGAAACCCUCAUUUUCAGUGUCAGGAGAAGAGGAUAUAUAGACCCGUACAACUGGAAGCAAUCAUGCUGUUGAAAAGUCCCUUAUUUCCAACACUCUCCACUGAAAUGAAGGUGAAAUAAUGAAAUGUGGUUGAAAGGGAUGUCAGUGAAUUUUGCAUGCAUGAAUCACCUACUAUCAUAGCCAGUUUGUUCAGGAAAUUCACUUUAGCUUGACUGAGGGAGCCUUGAACAGAUUCUUGUUCUGAAAAUGCCAGAGGGGAUUAGACGUUUUGAAUGAAAGCCUUAUAUCCAAGAGCUGGCUAAAAGGUUUAUAUUAACUUUAGAAAUUGGCUUUUUUUGUUAUCGUGAUGGUUUACAGAUAAUGUCUAAUUUAGCAAUCGAGUAGUCACCUCUUACAAGAAAACACGUGGUUGAUGAGUGACAAAUAUUUGCGUGCAUCUGAUAAAUUGGCAGCUUUGGUUUUUUUUUGCUCAGUGAUUCUUAUAGAUCAAAAGUUCUUUUGUGUCUGUUACAUUGUAAGAUAAACUUGUAUCAUGUGAGCAGUUAUGGCUUGUAUACGUAUAUUGUUUUCGCUACCAACACUGGUCCGAUGCCAUACUGUAGGUCAUCAUAAUCUUUACGUGUGACUGUUCCUCCACUAUUAUACGGCAUUAGCUCGAAAAGAUAGGAAAUGAUUCUAACUGCAUUAUUUUUCUGUUUUUUUUUUCUUAAAGGAAAGUCUCGAGUACUGUUUUAGAACAUUAAUUGCUGUAAUUGUUACAUUGUAGGCAGUUCUUCUUCCUCGAUUAUCACAUCUGAUUCCUACCUUCAUUUAAUAGCUGUGCUGCAGCAGAAUGUAACUAAGAUGAUAGUACUGUUGCAAAGCUAACAUCGCAAAGCUUGAAAUUGCUUACAAGCUCAAUGCCAUCUCAACCUACCUCUGAGAGAGAGUUAGCUAUUUUUUUUUCUUCCAAUUUAAGAUGUGCAGUAGAGAAAACUUCCCUUUAUCGCUACACUUGAAGGAACUCAUAGUAUUUACAAUACACACUAAAUGCAUCGCAACUCAAUAUAUGAUUUGUAAUAAUUAAUAAAUGCUUAUUUGGAACAACCUCCCAUGUGACAGCUUUUAUUAUCGGCAUUGUACAUUAUUAUUCAAUGCCUUCUGAAUGUGUUAAAACUGGGGCUCUAUUAAACAAAGUAACAACUUCCAUAUGUAGCUAUAUUACCUGAUGUAUAGAAAUGAUCAGACGUAUGGGAUGGGGGUAUGUGCAACAAAACACAGGACAUGGGAUCAUUACAUUCAUUUUGAUCAUAUAAACAAAGUCGUUCUUGUAUUUCAUUCCUGCAUUUCUUCUAAUUGGAAACAAGGAUUGAUCCUUGGUUUCUUAUCAAAUUUAUAACACAAUGUGGAGAUUUGCACAUUCUUUUUUUUUCAAGUUUAUUGGUUGGUUUCUUUGCUUGAGAACAAUUAUUUUUUAGACCGUAUACUGGAUCUUCAAAUAAAGACCAAAGAGUAAUACAA